AUGAUACAGGCCGUAACUUCCUGCUUCCAGUUCAAACGCUGCACGACGCAUCUGCUGGAGUUCAUUGCAGCGGACAAGCCCAUGGUGGGCGACGCACUCGCGGAUCCAUCAGAUGAGAAGCUGGCGCACUUCGUGCGCACAACCGCGGCACUGAAGAUCGAGUAUCGCUGCGCGCAGGGCCCGUCGCCGAGGGUGUUUGAAUUGGCGCUGGCACAGCUGCGGGCGCUCAACCGCAUUGCGGAGUGGGAGUCCGGCUGGGUCGUGUACCCGCUGUACACGUGCGCGCGGCAGCUGGUGCAGAUGGCGGCCGCCCUGGACGCGCGCACGGAGCGCGCCGCCGAGGCCGCUCAGUGUGGUGACCUCGCGACGGAGGACCACCUGACGCAGUGCGGCCGCGCCGUGCACAUGUCGCUGAAUCUGUGCCUCAAGGACCGCGACCCGGCAGCGUCCAACAAGCGGCACGGCGCCUAUUACUUCGCGCUGCUGCUCUUCCGCACCUACGCGCGCCUCGGCGCGCACAGCCUUGUGACCAACAUGGUCAAGGUGCUGGAGUCGCGCGCCCAGGACCUGCCGCCGGUGGAGCGCGCCUUCGGCGAGCGCCGCGCGCUCACCGUCACGUACUGCUACUACCUCGGCCGCUACCAUGCCUGUCGCCGCGCCGACUACGAGAAGGGCUUCCGCUGGCUCAACACCGCGCUGCUCACGUGCCACCGCGACCACACGCGCCACCACCAGCUCAUCCUGACCUACCUGGUGCCGGUGGCCUUCCUGGCGCGCCGCUGGUACCCCAAGCAUCACGUGAUCGCCGCCUGGCCGCCGCCCCAGGACCCCGCGGCGAUCCACUACGCCGCCCUGGUCGCUGCGCUGCGCUCUGGCGACCUCGGGCUGUACGACCGCGAGCUCGUGCGCAUGCAGCUGCCGCUGCUGAGACGUGGGCUGUACCUACCGCUAAGCCAUCUGCGCCCGUACAUACUGCUGCGGCUGGUCAAGGCCGUUUGGCGCCUGUCCGGGGGCUCAUCACAGCUCCCGAUCCGCAUUAUCGCUGCGGCGCUGGCAUACUCAACGUCAGCCACGCCGGACGCUGGGGGCGAGCGCCUACUGGAUCAUACGGAGUGCCUUCUGGCCAAUCUCAUCGCGAGGGGCUAUGUGAAGGGAUAUUUGUCACACGGGAACCGGGUACUUGUCGUAAGCAGGACAGAACCAUUCCCUAGACUCGUGCGUAGCGAAACCGCGGCAUGA